CCUGGGCUGGGGGGCUGAGGUGCCUCUCCCUGCUGCAUCAGCUCUGGGGCUGUGAGAUCUCUCUGAUGGAGCCAGGGGAGGAACCGGGCCCCUCGGAUGCAGAGGAAAGGGAGAUUGUGAGAGACGCCUGCACAGAGGACGGGAUGGUGAAGAUAAAGGAGGAGAAUUGUCUGGAGGAAGCAGAAUCACAUGGGAAUUUAUUGGGAAUGUUGACAGGGAAAGUUUCUUUGAGUCCUGAUCAGGUGAAGGCGUGUGACUCUCAAUGCAUAUCAGAAAAAAUUCCUGGAGAGACAUCACAGGGUAAAGCCACUUCCACUGGCAGAGCUCUCAGGAAAACUAAAAAUAACAAAGCCCAUCAGAGAAUUAACACUGCAGAGAAACCCUAUACCUGCCCUGAGUUUGGCCAAAGCUUCAGUGUGAGCUCAGACCUUGCUGUGCAUCAAACAAUCCACACUGAUGAGAGACCCUAUAAAUGCAUGGAGUGCGAGGAAAUCUUCAAUCAGAAAUCAAUACUUGUUACUCACCAGAGAAUCCACACUGGAGAGAAGCCCUAUAAGUGCCCCGACUGCGGGAAAAGCUUCUGUCAGAACUCAACACUUAGGACACAUGAGAAAAUCCACAGGGCAGAGAAACCCUAUGAGUGCCUACAAUGUGGGAAAAGCUUCCGAGUGCGCUCCUACCUUCUUAUGCAUGAGAGGACCCACACUGUAGAUAAACCCUUUAAAUGCUCCGACUGUGGGAAAAGCUUCUGUGCAAGUUCUGACCUUAUGAAACAUCAGAGAACCCACACAGGAGAGAGACCCUAUAAAUGCCCCGACUGUGGGAAAAGCUUCAGUGACUGCUCAGCCUUUAUAAAACACAAGAAAAUCCACAUGGCAGAGAAGCCCUAUAACUGUACUGACUGUGGGAAAAGCUUCCGUGUGAUUUCAGCCCUUACUGUACAUCAGGCAAUCCACUCGGGAGAGAGACCCUACAAGUGCCCUGACUGUGGGAAAAGCUUCAUCCUGCGCUCAUGCCUUAUUCGACAUCAGAGAAUCCACACUGGUGCUAAACCUUAUAAAUGCCCUGACUGUGGGAAAAGCUUCCGUCUGAGCUCAACCCUUUGUACUCAUAGGAAAAUCCAUACAGCAGAGAAACCCUAUGAGUGUCUCAAAUGUGGGAAAAGAUUCCGAGUGAGCUCUUACCUUCUUACGCAUGAGAGGAUACACACUGUAGAUAAACCUUAUAAAUGUCCUGACUGUAGAAAAAGCUUCAAUGCGAGGUCCUACCUUAUCAAACAUCAAAGAAUCCACACAGGAGAGAGACCUUUUAAAUGCCUUGAGUGUGGGAAAAGCUUCAAUCGCAGAUCAACUCUUAUCACUCAUCAGAGAAUCCACACUGGAGAGAAGCCCUAUAAAUGUCCCGACUGUGGGAAAAGCUUCAGUGUGAACUCAGACCUCAUUGUACAUCAGAGACUCCACUCGGGAGAAAGACCCUAUAAAUGCCUUGACUGUGGGAAAACUUUCCGUCUAAGCUCACACCUUACUAGACAUCAGAGAAGCCACACUGGUGAGAGACCCUAUAAAUGCCUGGUCUGUGGGGAAAACUUCAGUGACUGCUCAGGACUUAUUAAACAUAAGAGAAACCACACAGGAGAAGAACCUUAUAAAUGCCCUGAGUGUGGGAAAAACUUUAGUGUGAAUUCAGCCCUUAUUGUACAUCAAAGAACCCACACAGGAGAGAGACCCUAUAAAUGCCUUGUCUGUGGGAAAAGUUUCAGUGACCGCUCAGGCCUCAUUAAACACAAGAGAAUACACACAGAAGAGAAACCUUAUAAAUGCCCCAAAUGUGGGAAAAGCUUCAGUGACAGUUCAAGCCUUAUUAAACACCAAAGAAUCCACACAGGAGAGAAACUCUAUAAAUGCCCUGAAUGUGGGAAAAGCUUUAGUCACAGCUCCGCCCUUUUGAAACACCAAAGAAUCCAUACAGGAGAGAGACCCUUUAAAUGCCUCGAAUGUGAGAAAAGGUUCACUGACAGCUCAGCCCUUAGGAGACACCGGCGAAUCCACUCAGAAGACAGGCCCUAUAAAUGCCCCGACUGUGGGGAACGAUUCAGUGUGGCCUCAGGCCUUAUUAGACACCAGAAAAUCCACACUGAGGAGAGACCUUUUAAAUGUAGUGAGUGCGGGAAAAGCUUCCAGUCGAACUCACUUCUUAAAACACAUCAGAGGAUCCAUACGGGAGAAAAACCCUAUAAAUGCCCCGAGUGUGGGAAACGCUUCCGUCAGAGCUCCCACCUUAUAAGGCAUCAGAAAAUACACAUGGAAUAGGUGUUCACAAUGUUUUUCAUUGUUGCUUUUGUUAUGGUGUUUCUCACGGUUCUGCUACACCAAGUCAAAUGGGGAUGAUGAGGUCUAUGCUUGGCUGGGUUUUACAGGGUACCCGUUAUGGAUUUAAAGAAUCCAUGCCAUGCCCUGGCCACAAAGGCAGGCCCCCUGGCCUCAACACCUCCCAGACUGAGCCUUUGGACUCCAGCACUCCUGUUCUUCAUGCUGAGAUCUGCCCAGUGAAUCCAUCCGAGAGAAUGAAAAGCAAUAUACCCCCAACUUCCAUCCAACUCAUAGUCUGUUACAAAACAUCAGCAGUGACUGUUAAAGCAUAUUAAGUUCCCAAAUACACAGGCUGUGGAAGAGUCAGAUGUGUUCAACUGUUGAUACUUGAGAGUACGACUUCACCAGUCAGGUUAUGCAGAGCAUUGAAUGGGGUGAAUGUUUCUUUUUGGUGUCUGUUAGCGAUGGAAGUGAAAGCCUUAUGGAGCGUUGGUGCACGUUAUCCACGAUGUUGUAGCUGAUAUGAAGAUGGCAAGGAAUACAGGAGUCUUUUCCCUUCUAAUGUCCAUGUUUUAAGGUUUUGGGUGGCUGGCAUAUAUUCUGAUGCCACCUUCACUGUCACUAAAUGCAGUUUUCUUUGUGUUACUUACAUAUAGAAACUUUAAAACAAAUGUUUUUCCCCAAUAUUCUGAGCUCAUGUUUUUUCUCCUCCAUCCCCAAACCCUGGUGCUUUGAGUAGAAAUGGCUCAUGGUGGGUAGUGUUCAAGUCAAGCCAGCUUUUACAAAUAAUUUUUCAAAGUGAAAAAUGCUCUCCAGCAUCUUCUUACUGGUUCCUUUUUGUUGUCUCUGUCCAUCAUUUCUGUUGCCACCAAGGUCUGACUUUCAGCCCCUCCCUCUUCUGUCUUCAAAAAUAAAAUUUCUCCCCUUCUAAAAAAUGCUGAAGUUAACUCUCUGUGGGAGGGAGAAAAUGUCCAGAACAGUCAAAGAAAAUGUUUUUGAGAAGAAGAUCUCCCCUCG